AUGGGGGCUUCUCUCUCAGUUUACCCGCCUCUGGGUCAGGUAACACAGGUGCAAAAGGAAGAUGUCCAGGUCACAGCUCUCCUCGAGGUCCCCUCGGACCAGGCCAAGCAGCCCUGGGAGGUGGCUGUGUGGCACGCAGCCGGUGACGAUGUCUGGGUAGAGACCGCAUUGUCCCCAACUGACAAGACGCCAUCCACCUUGCAGAGCAUCGACGACUCUGUGGCCCGUCUCUGGUUCGAGGGCAAGAUUUCCGUGCAGCCACGACUGAACUUCACAGUCAAAUUUCGACACGGGUCGGACCAGCCCUGGAAAUGGAUUCGGGAUGAACAGGGCGUGGCUGAUGGAACUAUCAUCGUCACCAGCGACUUGACAGUCGGUGCCCUGCCGGAUGACUUUACUAGCAUUCUCAAGGGCUACGAUGGCAGGAUCAACGUCGAGUCCCGCUCGUCUCAGUGUCCAGGGACACGCCUCUGGGAGUUGACGGCCACUGCAGAUGCUGCGAAAGGCGAGGACUCUACAUUCACGGAUGUGAACCUGGGUCUGCCUUGGGGAGGCUUUCUCGGGUGGUUCUCUCUGAUUCGCAUCUGGGCCCCUUGGAUUGCACCGAGACAUGGCAAAACCCACUUCUCGCUGGACAAGGAGGCUGUUCUCUCUGCAUUCAUCAACUCGAAAGGUCAACAUCUUGUUCUUCUCGCUAUCAGUGGUGUCAAUGACGUGAUGGCGACCUUUCGCAGUGACGACUCUGGCAAUGUGCAGCUCCACCUGAGAAACGACAGUGAGAGUUCAGAGCCUGGUGCUGUGCUGGCUGCCGUCGGCCAUAGCUUCGAGAGCGCAAAUGCGGCCGUCAUGUAUCAAGCUCGCGCGUUGGUACUCUCGAGCAAGAAGUCGACGGGCGAAUUCGACGAGGAAAUCAAGGCUCUCCGGGAAGGCGUGAAGCCGGAGUGGAUGGAGAAUUGGUAUGACGGCUUGGGCUUUUGCACAUGGAAUGCUCUUGGCCAGAGGCUCACAGAUGAGAAAGUUCUCACCGCUGUUGACGAGCUGGCUAAACACAACAUCAAAGUCACCAGUCUGAUUAUCGAUGACAACUGGCAAAAUAUUGACUACCGGGGUGAGGGUCAGUUUCAGUACGGGUGGAACGAUUUUGAGGCUGAACCGAAAGCUUUUCCAAAUGGCCUCAAGGACGUCGUUACAAAGAUUAGGGAUCGACACCCCCACAUUCAACAUGUUGCUGUGUGGCAUGCUCUGUUGGGAUAUUGGGCAGGAUUGUCUCCCGAUGGCAGUCUGGCCAAGAAGUAUAAGACCGAAGUGGUGGUGCGAGAGGACCAGAAUCGCCGUUGGCUUCCAUUGGGUGGCAAGAUGACCGUUGUGGCAAAGGAGGACGUGCAGAAAUUCUACGACGACUUCUACCGCUUCCUGUCGUCGUGUGGCAUCGACGGGGUGAAGACGGAUGCCCAAUUCAUGACAGACACUUGGGUAUCCGCCAAAGCACGACGGGAGCUCAUCACAGAGUACCUGGACGCUUGGACGAUCUCAUCACUUCGUCAUUUCAGCAUCAAGGCCAUCAGCUGUAUGUCGCAAACCCCGACUAUCCUCUUCUACUCGCAGCUGCCGCGCAAUAGGCCCACCAUCCUGUGCAGGAACUCGGACGACUUCUUCCCAGAGGUCCCCUCGUCGCAUCCCUGGCACAUCUGGGCCAAUGCUCACAACAGCCUGUUUACACAGCACCUGAACAUCUUGCCCGACUGGGACAUGUUCCAGACCGUUCAUGACUACUCGGGCUUUCACGCGGCUGCCCGUUGCGUCAGCGGAGGACCCAUCUACAUCACGGAUGCCCCUGGAUCUCAUAAUAUGGAUCUCAUCAACCAGAUGACCGGCAUCACGACCCGUGGAAAGACAGUCAUCUUCCGGCCGAGCGUCUUGGGCCGCAGCAUUGACCAGUAUGUUGACUAUCAUGACGAAGCGCUGCUCAAGAUCGGCUGCUAUAACGGGAGAGCUGUGACAGGAACACCCAUCAUGGGCGUCUUUAAUGUCUCUGCCCGCGCGUUGACAGAUAUCAUCCCGCUCGGACGCUUCUCGGGUAUCCUGGACUCCCUGCACUACAUAAUCCGCGCGCACAACACAGGGUUAAUCACCCCGCCGGUCCGGAUAGAUAGCCCUGGCUCCAAGUUCACUGUCUCGCUCGACGUGCGAGGCUACGAGAUCUUCACGGCCUACCCGCUCUCUCCUUUCGACAGCGAGAGCCUUGGUCGCGUAUUCGUUGCCAACCUAGGCCUGCUGGGGAAGAUGACGGGCGCGGCUGCCAUUGUCAGCAAUGAAUUUGAUUGGCUGGAGAACGGAAAGGUCCUCGUCGACACGAGCAUCAAGGCCUUGGGCGUUCUUGGAAUCUACAUCUCGAAACUACCCCAGCUGAGCAUCGACGGUGACUUCAUGGCGACUAUCCAGGGGCAAGUCAUCCCUCCGCACACAGUCUCUGUGAGCAAGGUCUCGAAGGAAGUCUUGGAGAUUGAUAUCGAGAAGGCCUGGAAUGAGAUGGGGCUCAAGUCAGGCUGGGGCAACGAGGUUGAGGUCAAGGUGUACUUCAGCAUUGACAAAGAGACAUCGUAA